AUGGGUCUACCAAAGGCCAAAAAUAUGGAGGGCUUGGGCCGUACCCUCAUGAACGACAAGUUUGGCGGGGCAAGAACCUCCCGUGGCGGUGGUGCUAGGUCUCGACGAAGGAAUGGAGAUGGCAGUGAAAGGUAUACAACUACCCAUAAAGAAGCCGACUGGGUCAAAAUGCGCAGUAUAACCGAACAACAGGCCCUCGAUGAAUUCCUCUCCACCGCCGAACUCGCCGACACCGACUUUACGGCCGAAAAGAUGAAUAUUAAAAUCAUCCAUAGCGAUCAGAUAAACCCUUACCUACUAUCUGCCGACGAAGAAAAGAAAAAGCUUAGUAAACAUAAAGCUAAUGCCGGUAAACUCACCGUCCCAAGAAGACCAGAUUGGGAUGAAAGUACCACCCCAGCAGAACUUGAAAGAAUGGAAAAAGAUUCAUUCCUAGAUUGGAGGAGAGGGUUGGCGGAAUUGGCGGAGAAUAAUGAUUUGUUGCUUACGCCAUUUGAACGGAAUUUGGAGGUUUGGAGGCAACUGUGGAGGGUUAUCGAACGUUCGGAUUUGGUGGUGCAGAUUGUGGAUGCUAGGAAUCCGUUACAUUUUAGAAGCGAGGAUUUGGAAAAUUAUGUGAAGGAGAUUGAUGAUGAUAAGAAGAACUUAUUGUUGGUUAAUAAGGCGGAUAUGAUGACCCAGAAGCAGAGGUUGCAGUGGGCGGACUACUUUGAUAAGGAAGGGGUUGAUUAUAAAUUCUUUUCGGCGGCGUUGGCGAAGGAGAGCAACGAGGAGGGGGAUAGUGAGGAUGAUUAUGAAGAUGAGGAGGAGGAUGAUCAAGAGAGGCUACCACAGGGACCAGAGGACCUGAAAGAAUCGAGCGAGGAGGAGGAGGGGAGGCAGGAGAAAGAGAAGGAAGUAUUGGGAGAUGGAGCUGAGGAAGACGAAGAACUAUCCCUCGUCGCCAUUGCUCAGAAAAUGUCGGUUGUCGAUGAGGACCCUAGGACCCGCAUCAUAACUGUCGACGAACUCGAAGCCAUCUUCCUUUCUCACGCUCCAGCUGCUGCCACGACUUCAUCCGAUGCCUCCGACUCCCAAUCCCGCAGAAUCAACGUCGGACUUGUUGGCUACCCCAAUGUCGGUAAAUCUUCCACCAUCAACGCCCUUAUCGGUGCCAAAAAGGUCUCCGUCUCCUCCACUCCUGGAAAAACAAAGCACUUCCAAACAAUCCACCUUUCUCCUUCCGUCAUGCUGGUCGAUUGCCCAGGUCUCGUGUUCCCAAAUUUCGCAACCACAAAGGCAGACUUAGUUUGUAACGGCGUCUUACCCAUCGACCAACUUCGAGAAUUCACAGGACCGGCAGGAUUAGUCGCCCAACGAAUUCCAAAACACUAUCUUGAAGGUCUUUACGGUAUAAACAUCAAUGUCCGACCACCAGAAGAAGGUGGAACCGGUAUCCCCACCGCUGCAGAAAUGUUGAUGGCAUACGCCCGAGCCAGAGGUUUCACAAAGACCGGUACUGGAAGGAAUUGGGACGAAUCCCGUGCUGCAAGGUUCAUCCUCAAGGACUACGUCAACGGCAAACUACUAUUCUGCCAUCCGCCACCCGCCGAUCCAGAAAUCGAUGGGACAGAGUUCAAUAAAGAAUUGUACGAUAUUGAAAGACUCCCCGCCCGACGAAAGGAAGCGAUAAUUGCCGCCGCUGCAUCGCCUUCGAUAUCGGAAUUAAACGAAGACGGAAGCCUAUCAACUACCACAUUAUCUCUAGACGAUGAAAUGGUACCACUAAAUCCUGCAGCAGAAAAGGGUACGAAAUCGAAGAACUUGGAUAAGCAGUUCUUCAAAUCGAUGGGUGCUGGGGGGCAUAUCAAAACUCCUUAUCACUACGUAGCAGCUGGGAGAACGGAACAUGCUAGCGGGAACACAAAGGCUUUGACGGGAAGGAAAGCGAAAUUGGUGGCGGCGUUGGAGAAGGGAGUUGAUCCCACGGAUCUGAAGGAUGGGAAGAUGCAUUUCAAGUCGGCGAGGGUAAAGAGACGUACGAAUACUGUUGAUGAUUGA